UCUACAUAAAUAUCGUGACCAAGCUUCGACGGUGGCAACACGGACCGUGGUAUCAAGCGGCUCGUUGCCUUCGAGACCAGUGCCUUUUAAACUUUUCGACGUAGAACCACGGAGACGUGAACCGCGAACAGGACCCUUCCACAGGUAUCGAUCCAACGAUCCGUCGGACGAGCACUCGGCUGGACCAGUGAAGGACAGCGCAUCGUAUCACGAUGUCACGGGCCAUUCUGCAAGACUCGCCGAACGCGGCUUUAGACAAAACCCUGUUGAGCAAGUAUUUCGACCUGCCACAACCGCAGGACAGGAUUCAAGCGAAAUACAUCUGGAUCGAUGGCACCGGCGUUGGUAUGCGAAGUAAGACCAGGACGGUCGAAUUCAUCCCGGAACAUCCGAAACAACUGCCGAUAUGGACGUACGACGGGAGCUCGACGUAUCAAGCGGAGGGAACGAACAGUGAGAUCUACCUGUGCCCGGUGGCGAUCUACAACGACCCGAUCCGUCGCGGUAACAACAAGCUGGUGCUCUGUGACACUUACUACAGUGACAUGACUCCGACCGCGGCGAACAAACGUUACAAAUGUAACCAGGCGAUGGAGGCCGUGAAGGAUCACGAUCCGUGGUUCGGGAUCGAGCAGGAGUUCACCUUCCUCGACUUCGACGGCAGACCGCUCGGCUGGCCGAAGAACGGUUUCCCCGGACCGCAGGGACCUUACUACUGCGGCGUGGGUGCCGACAAAGUGAUCGGUCGCGAGAUAGUCGAGGCUCAUUAUAGAGCUUGUCUGUACGCCGGCGUUAAGAUCGCCGGGACGAACGCAGAGGUGAUGCCUUCCCAAUGGGAGUUCCAGGUCGGUCCCUGCAGCGGGAUCUCCGCCGGCGACGAUCUGUGGAUAGCCAGAUUCCUGCUGCAUCGCAUCGCCGAGGAGUACGGAGUGAUAGUGACUCUGGACCCGAAACCGGUCGACGGAUCGUGGAACGGUUCCGGGGCCCACACCAAUUUCUCGACGAAAGCGAUGCGAGCGGAGAACGGCAUCGCCGAGAUCGAGAAGGCGAUCGACAAGCUGAGCAAGCAUCACCUGAGGCACAUCCAGGCGUACGACCCGCGCGGAGGAAAGGACAACGAGCGACGUCUCACCGGCACGUGCGAGACGAGCAGUAUACAUGAUUUCAGCGCCGGUGUCGCGAAUCGUACCGUCAGUAUUCGCAUACCCCGUGCGGUCGCCGAGGAGAAGAAGGGCUACUUCGAGGACAGAAGACCUAGCAGUAACUGCGAUCCUUACUCCGUGACCAACGCUCUGGUCCGUACGUGCAUUCUGAACGAGUAAGGGAGCUUCGCCGGGAAAGAGGAUUUGGACGAGAUAUUUUUUAGUACAAUAGCGGUUGUACCUUCGUCGAAUUUAUUCCGCGGAUAUCUUUAAUAGAAAUCUGCUCGAAGCCGUAGAUAAGAAUGAUUACUUUUAGUUUAAACAAAUACGUUUCAAUGAACCGUCGCGUAUCGAGCGAUUUACAGUUUGAUAUGUUUCGAGAGUACGCUGAGAUCGAUUAUAAUUGCAUAGAUAUGUACGUAGAGAAAAUUAUUUUUAGGCCGUUUCCCGUGCACGUAGCGUCAAUGCUUCUUACGUCUACCUAUUUAAUCGUGGCAACCGCGACAAUAAGAGUAUCGCUUAUCGUAUCCUUUAACGUUUAACACCCGUAACCGCCGCGAUCGAAAGAGGAAUGAAAAAGAAACGUAAGUACGAAUCUGUUGAACGAACGUCGACGUCGCAUUCCUCCAAUCGAGUUUUACGAACAGCUCGCAUGCAAGGAGUCAUUCGAUCACGUUAACGCCUCGGUGAACUUGAAGCGUUAUCGAUUUAGAACAUCGAUGGUUAUUUGCGGUUUUCUUUCUCGUGGGUGAACGCGAUAAUUUCGCAAGAGCUAAACGACAGGGUCGCGAACGUUCAAUCAUCUGUCCCGGAUUCGCGCGAGGUCGUACGUAUAUUUUGUCGAGAUGCGCUAAGAUUUACGAGAUUGCCUGUUCCAUAAUAAAAUAAACCAGGGGAAAGAAAUGUGUACAUGUUAAAACGUGGCAGACGACUUCGUAAUAAAUAAAUGUAAUACCUCUUACGGUACUUUGAGAUGUUAAAGGGUACCAUAAUUGACACGUUGUUAUGAUAAUACUAAUCUUCGAUUGAACUGGGGCACAAGGAUUUUUGGUAAGAUCUUAAAAAUCAUCUAGCAAGCGAAUUCGUCGAACUGGAAAUCGCGAGAAUUUUCAAACAACUAUUCGAAUUUAAGGAGUGUACGGACAUCAGUAUGCAUAAUCACCAUAGAUAGAUAGAUAGAAGAAUUAGAUGUACAUGGUGUAUUUUCAUAUUUGUAUGGUAUAUUUUCAUAUUUGUAUUUUCUAUGCUGACCUCUUCAAUAUAAUUGUAUACCGUGACCAUUCUUGGUACUGGUCAUCGUUGUUGUUGUUAUGAUAAUAAAAAGCAAAAUUUUUCAUCGAGA